AAAAGGAGGUCUUGCUCCCUUGAAUGUCAGUGCGUGAAACAGCGCUUGGGAAGGGAAAAGGUGUGUCAUGAAUAUUUGGUCUGCAGAGGAGACAAAGUGGUGUGUAGAGAUGAUGUGCAGGCAUGUCCCAGGACACUGAACACACGGACAGAGUGACCGGACUCUCAGCCCUGCUCUGGGGGCAUUGCACUCUCUCCAUCCCUGACAGAGCGUGAGCAGCUCACACGUGUCUUGGCGAGUAUGGUCACAUGACCUGGACCUGGCCAAUCAGUGUGCUCCAUCCCUGGGCACCAUGAUUGGCACUGACCAAUCGGGACCCAGGACCAGGCCUCAAGCUGGAUUCAAAGGAAGAGGAGGGCUGGCUCUGCCGGAAGGGGUGGGGGCCUGUGAGGUCAGGCUGCAGCAGUGGGAGGGGGUGUGAGUUCACCUGGGGCAGUUGGUGACCUUCUUGCGCCCGUUAGGGCAGAGCCGCUGGCCUGAGAAGGAGGGCGCUGCUGAGCCCAGGGGUUGAGAGCGCCGGUUCCUGCUGUGGUCCCUGGGCUCCACCUGAGACCGGAGGGAAGCCGCCUGCCCGUGAGUCCUCUCCUGCUUGACUGUCAGCUUGUUUGGACUACGCUGGGUUUUCUGUCCAGCUGGCUACGUGAAGACCCUGGAAAUGCACCUGUGUGGGUUUUGGCUGGCUUCAGGGAAGAAAUGCCAGAUGACACUGGGAGACUCCAGUUUAAUCCGGAUUCAGCUCUGAGACUCAAAAAAGCGAUUUUCACUGGAGAGAGGAAGGAUACGUCCCUCCAUCCAACCCACCACAUCCUCCAGGAGUUUCCAACUGCUACUGAAGAACUAAAAAUAUGCAGGGAGCAGCUUCUUGAAAGAUUAAGAAGAAAUCACUGAGCUUAGAGUGGAAAGAAGCAAUACCAGGCUGCUGCUGGAGCACCUGGAGUGCCUGGUUUCCUGGUAUGUGCCGUCCCUCCAGAUGACGGUGGGCAAGCAGCAGGCGCAGCUGCUGCUGGAGCUCCUGGAGUGCCUGGUUUCCUGGUAUGUGCCGUCCCUCCAGAUGACGGUGGGCAUGCAGCAGGCGCAAGCAGCAGCAAGCUAGCCAGCAUUACCAGCGACGUGGAGGUGCUCAGGGCACCGAAAUUGCUGUUUGAGCACCACAAGACCCUGGACGAGAAGCAGAUGAUUCUUAAAGAGGAGAAUAACCAGGAAAAGAUACUAACGCACAGGGUGCUAGAUGUAAAUCAUGAGCAAGAAAACAUGCCAAGCGCCAAUGGAAAGAGACCCUCUAAGCCACGAGGAGGACCUGGCUAAGGUGAUCAACCUCCAGGAAGUCAUAGACAAGCAGGAGCAGAGCCAGAUGGAGGAGCGCCUGGCAGCCCUCUUUGCCCAUGUGACAGAGCUGAAGGAGGACCUGGACACGGCCAGGAAGGACCUCCUCAAGUCCGAGGACGUGAACAGGAAACUGCAGCAGGAUGUUCACGAAGCGAGUCUGGUGACGUCUGUGGAGCCCGUUCUCUCGGAGAGAUGGGAGCAUGCUGUGUGGGCUCUGCUGAGGCAGCUUGCCUGGCCAUCUUCUCGAGUUUUCUGAGGUUCCGCUCCUUGAAGGGAUGUGUGACAGUGAUACCGGCGGCCAGACAAGUCAAGUGGCAUUUGCUCACCCUCAGAUCCUCAGGCCCGAGCUGUGUGACCAUGUGGAAUCAUGAUGUUUCUGGCG